AUGUCCGGUCUCGAUCCCCAGGGCCCCUCGCAGCCCUCUCUAGACCAAGCCUACACCACACCCGGCAACCCAGCGCAAAAAGACCCAAAAGAGCAAGUCCAAACAGAGUUCAACGCCACCGACAACGCCGCUACCGUCGACCAACGUAUCCCCACCAAGCAAGCUACCGACGCCGAGGGCCUACGGAACGCAAAGUUCGAGGAAGGCAUGGGAGUCCACGGCGCACCAGCGGGCGAAGAGAGCAAAGGUCUGACCCAUGAAGACGUAGGAAGGCACAAGGAGCUGGACGGGCAACAAAUGGCUGCGCCGGGCGAGGGACGUGUAGCCGAUGCGGUGGCUCAGGGAGGGAAGGGCCUGGGUGGUGGUGGAGAGCAGCCUGACUUGGCGAGCGAUCUGGACAGGAAGAAGGCUGAACAAGCCGAGGCGAGAGAGGCUAUUAAGCAGUCAAAGGGCGAGGCAACACAGGUUGGUGGUGCAUUGGGCCAGACUGGUGGACCUGCCAACCCUGUUGAUAACUCGACACAGGGUGGUGGUAACUACCCCAACUCUAGUUACUAG